AACGCAUCGAUGAAUGAAUUUACCGCAAAGCUUGUGCCAUCAAUGGCUGGUGGUGUUUAUUUACGAAGAUCCAUUCAGUAGACGCUCUUGUUCCGAUCGGAUCGAACGCAUUCAGACAAGCUGCUCGCGGUGAUCGCGUGUUUCAAAUCGACAAUCCGCAAUAAGUAGUAAAUAUGUUAGAGUUUCUAGUGACAGGGGCUAAAUUUUUCUUUGCUGCAUUGAAUUACUUCAUCAAGGGGUACAUUUUGAAACGAUGGCCCCCCGCCAAUCGUCCCGCGGUCACCGUCCGUCAGGGAACGCUUCGAGGCGUUGCGGCCAAGCUUCCGAAUGGUUCUGUUUAUCACUAUUACAAGGGUGUACCGUAUGCCAAACACCCGAUCGGCGAUCUUCGCUUUAAGCCGCCCGUUCCGCUGGAGAAAUUCGAUACACCUGUGGUUGAGUGCCUUAUGGAAAGAAGUGAUUGCAUUCAGCUCGAUCUAUUCACUAAUCGGGCCAUCGGUUCGGAAAAGGGCUUGUACUUGAAUGUUUACACACCAGAAAAAGACGCCAAUAAAUAUCCGGUUAUGGUUUUUAUCCACGGCGGUGGUUUUAUAGCUGGCACCGGUAGCAGUCUCUUUUACAAUCCGAUCCAUUUGGUUCAAGAGGGGGUGAUCGUCGUCACUAUAAACUAUCGUUUAGGGCCUCUGGGCUUUCUCAGUUUACCGAGUGCUGGAAUUUCCGGAAACGCUGGCCUGAAGGAUCAACGACUAGCUUUUAAAUGGAUACACGAAAACAUCGAACAGUUUGGAGGCGAUCCAGGCAACGUUACGAUCUUCGGCGAAAGUGCUGGUAGCAUGUCGGCUUAUCUACAUUACCUUUCACCGGAAUCAAGAAAAUAUUUCCAUCGAGUGAUAUGCCAGAGUGGAAUCCCCUGCACUGAAACAUUCUUCCAAACCAAUGGCAGUGAGAAGGCUAGGAAACUGGCUCGACUUCUGGGUUGCAAAGGAGAUUCAGAUGCUGAAGUUCUUGAGACGCUACUCAAAGCACCGGCCAGUUCGCUAGUUUACAAUCAGCACAAAGUGCUAACUAACGCUGAGAAGCGAGCAGGUGUCAAGUUCGCUUUUAUGCCGGUCAUAGAGGAUGCCCUUGAUGAUGACACUGCUGGUGGUAGUAUAAUCACAAAAACACCGGAAGAAAUUCUCAAAAGCGCGGAUACUUUGGAUAUGCCCCUCAUCGAUGGAUGCAACAGUGGAGAGGGAAUCUUGUCGUUGUACCUAAUGAAAAACAAGUUCCAGUUGGGCAACAGUGAACCGGAAAGAUUCGUUCCCCAGCUGUUGGGCCCAUCGGAAGAUUUCGAUCGGAAGGAGCUUGGCAAGCAGAUUAGGAAGUUUUACUUCGGAGAUAAACUAGUCGCCAGAAGCACGUGCGAUCAGGUGAGCGACAGUAUGGCGGAUAACUAUUUCAUAACGAAUUCCAUGAUCAAUGCGAUUUGGAUUUCGAAAUAUCAACCGCGGGUCGCUCACUAUCAUUAUCGGUUCACGUUCGACGGUCGAUUCAGUAUCAUCAAACGGCUCUUCAAUGAAACCAAAGCCAAGGGAGCUUGCCACGGCGAUGAUGUUUUUUACAUGUUCAGCCCUACUUGUUUGCCCAAUUUGCCGGAAGAAAGCCCCGAGUGCCGGGUCCGAGAGACGUUUGUUAAACUGUGGACGAAUUUCGCCCGAUUCGGAAAUCCCACGCCUGAAGCAGUCAACACUGGGGGAAUCGGUUUCCAGUGGAAACCGGUGGAGAAAAAUCCCACAUCCUCGCCCAGCUUCAAGUGGGACUGCUUGGAGAUCAGCCAAGUUCCAAGAAUGAUUCGAGAUCCCUACCCCGAAAGGUUGCAACUGUGGACAAACUUAUUGAACAAAUUCAGGAAGGGUUAUUUGUGAUACGGUUCUAGUUGUAUGUUUACGGUAGGUUAUAUUUGUUGAAUUGGUUGUUUAGGAAAGUAUCUAUUCUAUUUUUAAUAAAAUAAAAAACUGAAGUUA